UUUGCAACAUAUUUACGCAUCUUUCAUUUUCAAACUAAUCAACCAAUGUCUCAGCCCCAAUCUACAAACCCCACCGACCCUCCGGCGCCGCCGGCCAGAUCCAAGCGUUCUCGCGACGACGUCGCUGAACCCCCUUCCGGUGAGCUCCCACCGGCGGCCAAACGGCGGGUGGUGUUGGCACAGGACGUAGUGUACAGAAUAAUGUUGCCGUCGAGACAAAUAGGGAAGGUGAUUGGGAAAGAAGGGACUCGUAUUCAGAAGAUUCGAGAGGAGACUAGAGCUACUAUCAAGAUUGCUGAUGCUGUUUCGCGACAUGAAGAGCGUGUUAUAAUCAUAAGCUCCAAAGACAGUGAAGGUACGUUCACCGAUGCAGAAAAUGCACUUCACCAAAUAGCCUGUCUGAUUCUCAAGGAUGAUAAUAGUACGGAAUCUCAGAAAAUUGGUGCUGGCCAUGUGGCAGCAAACACAGUAAGGCUUCUAAUUGCUGGUACUCAAGCAGGUGGUUUGAUAGGAGCAUCUGGGCAAAAUAUAGAGAAUUUGAGGAAUUCUUCUGGUGCCACAAUCACAGUUCUUGGACAAAAUCAGAUGCCUCUAUGUGCAUCUGUUCAUGAAUCCGAUCGAGUAGUACAGCUAUCAGGUGAGGUCCCAGACGUAUUAAAAGCUUUAGUAGAUAUCGGAUGUCAGCUAAGGGACAAUCCUCCUAAACAAGUAAUUUCCAUCAGCCCGGCAUAUAACUAUAACUUGCAUCGAACACCUCAGCAAUAUGUGGACCCCUCUUCAGCUGAAUAUGUAACAAUGGAGAUGAUGAUUUCUGAAACAAUGGUCGGUGGGUUAAUUGGCCGAUGUGGCUCCAAUAUCUCGCGUAUCAGAACUGAGUCUGGAGCAGCAAUAAAGGUUCAUGGUGGGAAAGGUCAACAAAACCUUAGGCAAGUCCACCUGGGUGGUAGUGCUCAGCAGGUAGCACUGGCAAAACAAAGAAUUGAUGAAUAUGUAUAUUCCCAGUUGAUGCCAAGCGGGGGGCAACAACCAGGUGUGCUGGAGGCUGGAAACAUGGCACCUCUUCCUCCUGUUUUCAUGCCACCUGGCCCGAGCCAAGCUCCUUCAUAUUAUAAUUACGGACCAUCAUAUCCGGCACCCCAGCUGUAGGACUCAAGGCAGUAUCUUCCUGUGGCAUGUAAUAGUUUUCAUGAUGUACAAUUUGACUGUAUCGUAUCUUAGUGCAUGUCUUUGAGUUACAUUAUAGUAACUAGAGUAUAUAAUAUAUUUUGUUUAAUUAAGAUUUUAUAUUCAAAGAGCAAACAGCUGAUCCAGGCAUAGAUGAAUUGAUUUACUUCGGACUGGAUCCCUGUUUAUGUUUUUACAAGAUUAAUCGCUGUAGUUAACAAUCACGUUAUUUAUCAUUUAUGUUCUCUUCGCA